GAAACUAGGAAGAAAACAAAGAUCGUCCUUGAGAAUUUGUAACUUUUUGUCAGCAUUAACGAGUGACCGUUUUAUCUUUUCAAAAGCAGACAGCACAAAAACUCAUGAAAUGGAAACUUAUUCAUGUAGCAGCACAUCACCUGCUUCACCUUAGAACCCUAAAAAUUUAUAAAAUUGACUAUUUAUAGAAUUUUCGUUUCCCAAAUCCACACUGCCAUAUAUAAUUAUUUAGCAGAAUUGAAUAUUCUUAAUUCUUGAUUUUUUAUUACAUUGGCUCCCUUUUUAACAAAUCAAGUCUUCUUUCUCGGGCUUCUGUUCAAAUUUCGAUUCUGUCUUUUUUAACACUGCCUACAAAUCAGAUCCAAGUUUACUUCGGUUUAAUUGCAUUGUACAACCUGUUUGAAGAAAAAGAAAAUAAAGGGUUCUUUAAACUUUUUGAGAAUCUUGUUUGAUCGAAGAUUAUAGAUAUCUCUUUGAAGAAUUGGGAUUUUUGAUCGGUUACAAGAAGAGAUGUGGGCUGGUCUUGGUGUUACGUGGACUUCGAACAUCUGCUUUCUGUAUUAUUCUUUCGACAGUGAGAGACUUGCAGGAGGGCUAAAACAGUAUGAGGAAUGAGAAUCAGAUUAAAGAAAGGAGGAAGGAUCGGAUUAGUGUUAAGUUGGGAAAGAUAAUGCAGUGUCUUUGGUCGGGGGAACAACCACGUGGAGAAGAAAUGGUCCCUUCUUCAGAAUUUCUUGCAAACAAAGAUUAUACAAACAGUGUUUAUUCAUCUCAAGCCGGAGAAGCUGAACGGAAACCUGACACUGGCAAUAUUGAAGAAGCUGAAUCAUCAUUGCGCGAAAGCGGUUCUUUAAAUUACGAGGAAGCCAGAGCAUUGUUAGGAAGGUACGAGUAUCAGAAAGGGAACCUAGAAGCGGCCUUACAUGUCUUUGAAGGGAUAGACAUUGCUGCAGUGACUCCAAAGGUGAAAAUUACUCUUUCUAAAAGUGGUGAAACUCUUAAGAGGCGGUCACAAAAUUUUGCAUCACCACCAAUGUCGAUACAUGCCGUUAGCUUGCUGUUUGAAGCAAUGUUUCUAAAAGCAAAAUCAUUACUGGCACUUGGGAGGUAUAAAGGUAGCUCACACGCUAUUGGUGAAUCAUCCUUUUGUUAUCUGCAAAUAAAAGCUGCUCAAUCAUGCACAGUUAUUCUGGACAUUGUUGAAUCUUCAUUACCAGCAGGCUUGCCUGAAAACUUUGGCGGUGACUGUAAAUUGCAGGAAACUAUAAACGAGGCUGUAGAGCUGCUUCCAGGAUUAUGGAAACUUGCUGAUUGUCCCAGUGAAGCUAUUUUGUCUUACCGUCGGGCCCUUCUACAUCAAUGGAACCUUGAUGCACAAACUACAGCUAAGAUACAAAAAGAGUUUGCCAUUUUUCUUCUGUACAGUGGAGAUGAAGCAAUUCCCCCAAGUCUGCAAUCCCAAAUGGACCGUGCAUUUGUGCCUAGAAACAAUACUGAGGAAGCUAUUCUUCUUUUGAUAAUUCUUUUAAGGAAAUUUACCCUCAAGAAAAUUGAGUGGGAUCCAUCAAUUUUGGAUCACCUUUCAUAUGCGUUAUCUAUAUCAGGUGGGCUAAGGGCUUUAGCUGAUCAAGUGGAAAAAUUACUGCCUGGGGUUAUAGAUCGGAAAGAAAGGUUUCACAUCUUAGCUCUCUGUUAUCAUGGAGAGGGUGAUGACUUAUCUGCUUUGAAUUUAUGGAAAAAGAUGUUGAAAGGUCAUGAGGAUCCUACAUGUGUUCUGUCUUUCGUAUUUGCUUCAAAGAUAUGUGGGGAGAGCACAAAAUGUGCAGAAGAUGGAAUUUCUUUUGCUGACAGGGCAAUUGAGAACUUGCACGGAAAAUGCCAUCAGUUGGUAGGUGUUGCCAAUUGCAUGCUAGGCAUCUCACUUUCAUCAUAUUCUAGAUCACGUGUGCGAGAUAGUGAGAGGUUUAAAAGACAAUCUGAGGCUCUCAAGUCCUUGGAAAUUGCUGGGACAAUGACAAGAAUGAGUGACCCCGGUAUCGUUUACCAACUUUGCUUAGAAAAUGCCGAGCAAAGGAAGUUGGAUACUGCACUUCAUUAUGCAAAGUGUUUGCUUAAAUUGGAAGGCGGGUUUAACCUUGAAGGAUGGAUACUUUUGGCUCGAAUAUUAUCUGCACAGAAACGUUUUCCUGAUGCUGAAACCAUCAUUAAUGCAGCUCUAGAUCAGACUGGAAAAUGGGAUCAAGGAGAAUUGCUGCAGACUAAGGCUAAACUACAAAUUGCACAGGAUCUAGUGAAGGAGGCCAUAGAAACAUAUACUCAACUUCUCGCUGUUCUUCGGGUUCAGAGGAAAAGUUUUGGUUCAGGGAAGAAGCAAAAGGAAAACAAAAACCACCAAAAGAAUUUAGAGAUGGAAACAUGGCACGAUCUGGCUUCCAUCUACAUAAGAUUGUCCCAGUGGCGUGAUGUUGAGAUCUGUCUUUCUAAAUCUGAAGCCAUCAGUUCUUUUUCUGCUUCUAGAUGGCAUACGGCUGGUUUGCUUCACGACGCAAAGGGACGCCACAAAGAAGCACUGAAGGCAUUUAUGCGAGCUCUGGAUGUUGAUCCAAUGCACGUCCCAAGUCUAGUCUCCAAGGCGGUGGUUCUUAGACGGAUUGAUAGCCAGUCUUCUUCAAUUGCCAGGAGCAUUCUGUCAGAAGCACUUAGACUCGACAGAAUGAAUGCUUCCGCAUGGUAUAAUCUUGGCCUACUUUACAAGGAAGAGGGUGGGGAAUCAGCACUGGAAGCUGCCGAAUGUUUUGAGGCUGCUACACUCCUUGAAGAGACGGAACCUGUACAGCCUUUCAGAUGAUGAGCUAUUUUGUAAAUUUCUCGUCUUGACCAAUGAAAAUACCACGGAAGUAUGAUCUGUUUCUUGAAUCUUGUCUUAGUUUUAUGCUGCAUGUGUGCUGAAAAGUAUGAAAGCUCGUAUUCUUGAAAGGAGGUUGUUCGGUGUGUGCAUAAUUUCUUGUAGGUAUGAUGGGAGCGGUAACCUGAUGAAAUUUUAUCUCAUAUAUUGAGAGAGUCGACUAGAUGAAGAGGGAUAUUGUGACACGACGAGGAAAGACUCGACAAAUGUAUAAAGCAUUUUUGCAAUUUUACUGAAUCCUUGUUAUUUAUUUAUUUUAAAAUUCAAAUGGUUUGAA